AUGUAUAGUCGGCCCGGGAUCCUUUUGAUAGCCUUACAUGAUGCAAGUUCUGUGAAACGGCACGGGAACGCCCAUGGGAGCGAGCUGCCUUCCUUGCUGCUCUUGCAAGGAAACGGGCAGCCUGGUCUAGCGCGAGGGGGAAGGAAAGGAUCCGAGUUCCCAGGUCUGGCAGUUAAGCAGAGGCAGGCAGAGACAUCCUCCAUAAUCAUGUCUCAGGGACAUCCAGCAGUCAUCAUGGUGGACACUGGAAGUGACUCGGAGGAAAUAUUCAGCCUCUCAGGCUCAGCUCUGUCCUUCAAUGCCGGAAGUGUUCCUAGGAUCAUUUCAGUCAGUUCUGUGGAAGAAAGGGCUCCUGCAAGUCCCCAAAGGCCUAGCAUAACUGUCUCCCUGGGGAGCUGUCACUCCAAUUCCAUCAUUUCCGUAAGUUCUGUAGAAGAGUUCAACACACCCAAGCCAAGCAAAGGAAAUAUUGUGUAUGAAGUCAAAUCUAAUGAGAGAAGUAUUGAAGAAAUCUGCAUGUGCUGUGGAGGACUGGAGAUUCACACACAACAUCCCUUGUUUCAUGGAGGAAUGUGUGAGCCAUACACAGAAAGGUUUUUGGAGAGUGUGAUGAUGACGGCUGUCAUCUUCCUGUGUGAUGAUGACGGCUUCCAGGCCGACUGCUCAGUCCGCUGCUGGGGCAAAUCCUUACUGAUGUGUGACAAUCCCAGAUGUCACAGGCGCUUUUGCGAAGAAAGUGUGAACACCCUUGUGUAUCCUGGGUGUUCAGAGGAAAUCAAAGAAACAGAUCCCUGGAUAUGCUUUCUGUGUGUUCCUUGGGAUGUGUAUGGAUUACUAAAGAGAAGGACAACAUGGCGUGCAGAACUGAAGUGCUUCUAUGAUCAAGACAUAAACUCUGCUCAGAUCUAUCCACUGUUGCCCCCUUGGCAGAGAAAAUCCAUCCAUGUGCUCUCCCUUUUUGAUGAUAUUACACAAGAACUGAAAAGCUUUGGGUUUCUUGGGAAAAGCAUGGGAAAUGGUAGAUGGAAGUUUUUGGAUGAUGUCACAAAUGUAACACGGACAGAUAUAGAAGAAUGGGAGCCCUAUGAUUUUAUUUUUGGUUCAACUCCUCCAGUAGCAAAGUCCUAUAAACAUCCUUCUGCCUGGUACUUUUAUCAGUACUUUCGUCUACUUCAGUAUGGGAAACCUGCAGAAAGAUGCAACAAGCUUUUCUGGAUGUUUUUAGACAAUAUAGUUCUUGACAAAGAGGCCAGAGAUACAGCAUCCCGUUUUUUUCAGGUUGAAGCAGUUCUUAGGUAUAAACAACAUAAUAACAACAUCCAAAAUGCAGUGCACAUCUGGAGCAAUAUCCCAUCUGUUAACAGUAAGUAUUCUGCUUCAUCCUUAUGCAUGGGUUUAUCUCUGCUGGCAAAGCACAUCCAAAGGACCCGAAUUUUCUCUCAACGUCCAGCCACUCUUAUUAGGGAGUUUUUCGUUCCUUUAAAAGAUUACUUUAGGGCUUUUCCAUAA